AUGAUUGAAUGUGUUGCUUCUUAUGACUUGUGGAUUUGGCAUUCGUUUUUCGGUCCCCCUGGAUCGAACAACGAUGUCAAUGUUUUGCAGCAGUCGUCGUUGUUUCAAAACGAGCGUAAUGGAUCCGUGCCAGAUAGUUCAUUUAGCGUAAACGGACAUGAUUACAAGCGCAGUUACUACCUUACCGAUGGAAUCUAUCUUAGGUGGGUUGCGUUUGUUAAAGCUUAUCCUCAUCUAGUGGGACAAUAUGAAAAGAAAUUUAAAAGACUACAAGAGGCUGCAAGCAAUGAUGUUGAACGAGCGUUUGGUGUUCUUAAGGAAAAAUGGAAGAUCUUGGACCGUCCCCUCCAGCUAUGGACAAAGAAGAAGAUCAAAAAAGUCGUCGCUACGUGUACUAUACUACACAACAUGAUCAUCAAAGACAACAGGCGGGCGAUAUCACCGGUUCAUAUUAUGGAUCCACCGGUGCCAAGAGUUUAUAACCCAGAAGCAAACCGGAAGAUAACGGACGAGAACAUGCAUCAUCGGCUCCGAUACGAUCCCACGGCGCAUGUAUCGACUUUAGAUUUAUCAUUCCUUGACGAUCCAGCGAUGCAGCCACCAUCAGUCGCGAGUUUGAUUUAG